AUGCACCUGCCCGACGAUGUCGCUGAAGAAUCGCCAAGCGACGUCCCUCCUGCUGUUGAGAUGGUUGACGAGGAUGCCGUGCAGGUCCAGGAUCCUCAUGUCCUCCGGCGAGGUGACGAGGCAGCUCAUGAAGACGCCGUAGGCGGAGAUGUCUCGCGGGGUGUCCGGGUACGUCUGCUCGAACGCGAUCAGGUUCCGGAAGAACGAGUCGCUGAAGUCGUUGAGCUCCAGUUGUGGGAUCUCGAGCACGCCACGGGCGAACUUGAUGUCAAGGAAGCUCGUGGCGUUCUUCCUCAUCUUGAACCGGAUCCCGGCCUCCUUCAGCUCCUUGGCGCACGGGAUCCACUGCGGGAGCUCCGACAGCAGCUCGCCACUCUGACGAUGGCGGGAAUGCUGCUGGCGGUCAGUCGUCGGCAGGCCGACGGAGAGGUAGAAGAGGUGCAGCAGGUGGUGCACGUCGUCGCAUGUGAUGCUCGAGUUGUGCAGCAUCUGGGGACGAAGGGUCCGGAAAAGCCUGAGGCUGCCGCUCACAAGGAGCUCUUCUGA